GUGGAGCGGUGCCUGGGAGCCUCUGGAGCUUUGGGAGCGGCGGGAGUGGUGGGAGCUGGGGACGAGCCGGCUGCACGACCCCUUGGCGACGGAACGCCCCCGGUGCCUGGAGAGCCCUCACUGGACCUCUGAGUCUCUCCUGUGAGCAGCCUUCGUCUUCAGCCGGAAAGAAAGGAAGAUGUGGAAGGCUUCCGCAGGCCACACCGUGUCCAUCCCCCAGGACGACAGCGGUGCCGACGACUGGGAGACCGACCCUGACUUCGUGAAUGACGUGAGCGAGAAGGAGCAGCGAUGGGGCGCCAAGACUGUGCGGGGCUCCGGGCACCAGGAGCACAUCGACAUCCACAAGCUGAGAGAAAACGUCUACCAGGAGCACCAGUGCCUCAAGGAGAAGGAGCUGGAAACAGGACCGAAGGCCUCGCACGGCUACGGGGGCAAGUUUGGCGUGGAGCAGGACAGGAUGGACAAGUCGGCCGUGGGCCACGAGUACCAGGCGAAGCUUUCCAAGCACUGUUCGCAGGUCGACUCUGUGCGGGGCUUCGGGGGCAAGUUCGGGGUCCAGGCGGACAGAGUUGACCAGUCGGCCGUGGGCUUUGAGUACCAAGGGAAAACGGAGAAGCACGCCUCCCAGAAAGACUACUCAAGUGGCUUCGGCGGCAAGUACGGCGUGCAGGCCGACCGCGUGGACAAGAGCGCAGUGGGCUUCGACUACCAGGGCACGACGGAGAAGCACGAGUCCCAGAGAGAUUACUCCAAAGGUUUCGGUGGCAAGUAUGGCGUCGACAAGGACAAGGUGGAUAAAAGUGCUGUCGGCUUCGAGUAUCAAGGCAAAACGGAGAAGCAUGAGUCCCAGAAAGACUACGUGAAGGGCUUCGGGGGGAAGUUUGGCGUGCAGACGGACAGACAGGACAAGUGUGCGCUGGGCUGGGACCACCAGGAGAAGCUCCAGCUGCAUGAGUCCCAGAAAGAUUAUAAGGCUGGUUUUGGAGGCAUAUUCGGUGUUCAGGCCCAGAGGCAGGACUCCUGUGCUGUGGGGCUUGAUUACAAGGAGAGACUGGCCAAGCACGAGUCCCAGCAAGACUAUUCCAGAGGCUUUGGCGGGAAGUACGGGGUGCAGAGGGACCGGAUGGACAAGAACGCCUCCACCUUUGACGACGUCUCCAAGGUGUCCUCCGCGUAUCAGAAGACGGUGCCCGUGGAAGCCGCCAACAGCAAGACCAGCAACAUCAGAGCUAACUUCGAAAACCUGGCGAAGGAGAAGGCCCAGGAGGACAGGCGGAAGGCGGAGGCGGAGCGGGCCCAGAGGAUGGCCAAGGAGAGGCAGGAGCAGGAGGAGGCCCGGCGGCGGCUGGACGAGCAAGCCAGAGCCCAGAAGCAAAGCCCGCCGGCGUCCCCUACCCCGCAGCCGGCUCAGGAGAGGCCGCCGUCCAGCCCCAUCUACGAGGACGCCGUGUCCUUCAAGGCCGAGCCGAGCUGCAGGGGCCCCGUCAGUGAGCCGGAGCCCGUGUACAGCAGGGAGGCCACCGACUACCGAGAGGCCAGUGGCCACCAGGGCCUAGCUUACGCCCCCGAGGCCGUCUACGAAAGCACGGAGGCCCCAGGCCACUACCAAGGAGAGGAGAGCGCCUAUGACGAGUACGAGAACGACCCUGGCAUCACGGCCAUCGCGCUCUACGACUACCAGGCCGCCGGUGACGACGAAAUCUCCUUUGACCCCGAUGACAUCAUCACCAACAUCGAGAUGAUCGACGAUGGCUGGUGGCGUGGGCUGUGCAAGGGCCGGUACGGGCUCUUCCCGGCCAACUAUGUGGAGCCCCGGCAGUAGGACGCCCGCCCCGUGCUCCCCGCCAGCUGCACCCCCUCCACGGUUCCCGGGGUGCGGCCUUGGGGUCUGUGCUGCCUUUAUAUUGCGUACUUCCGCCGACGCUUUCGAAGAUGUUCGCGCCGCAGAGCUCGCUGCUGUGCUGUGACCGUGUUCCUCGGGAGGGCUGUGGGGACUGCUUUACGCAUCCGAGUGUUUUCUUGUCUUGCCAAACCGGCUGUUACACAGAGCUACUGCUGGGAGCUUUAGUUCACCGUCGCCCCCUUGGUCAGCAGGCCAGGCCCCAGGACAGGCGAGACCUGACCAUGUGUCACCUGCUGCUCCAAUGGUGCCCGGUGAGUGCCAGGCAGGAGUCACUGUCCCCGGGAAGGAGCCCCCCCCGCCCCCCGAGCGUCAGUGUUUGAAGGAGGAGGGAGGGGCCUGGUAGAAAGUCAGAACUGAGGGAAAUUGCUAGAAAGCAAAUUCACAAAAUUCAUGUGAAUUUGAACAUCAGAAGGGUCUUUUGUACGUGAAUCCCACAGGGCUCGAGUUUGGCGAGGCCCCUGGUCUUUGUCCUGCGUCUCUGUCUCUCCCCCAGUCCCUCGCCUCCCAAAGCACUGGCCCCAAGAGGGCUGCCGAGUCCCCGCUUGUCCCCGAGAUGCAUUGUCAGUCCCCACUGAAAUUCUGCCCUCCCGAGUCUCUGGCUCCGGGUCCCCCGGCCUCCCCCUGGCGUUUGAAGGCCCGUGCACAGCCGACCACUCAGACGCGACUGCGUUGUGCGGGGGACGGCCCCUUGGCCGUGGGAGCACCGGUGCCUUCUCUCCCGACUGCUGGACGCGGUCUUCACGGAAGGGGGUCGUGUUCUUUUGCCAAAGUAUCAACUCACAUGACAAUAAAAUUUGAUGGAUCGAUGCAACUAAAAAUCAGACCCGAACGGACGUUGCUCUGACCUGGGCCGCCCUGCAUGGCAGCGCCGUGGACCCGGCGUGGGGAGCGCCUCGCCCUCUGCAAGGCCCAGAGGCGGCAGCGUCCUCCCGGGGUGCGGGGGACAGCCUGGUGUGGGGACGUGGGGCUGGCAGCAAGGUCCCCUCCCUCGGGGCGUCUCUCCAGCAUCCGCUUCACAGUCAGGUCGGGUUUCCAUGCAAUUAUUGUACCUGAAUUUCUGUAGCUCAUCAUAGGGAUGGUUUUUUAAAUUAAAUACUCGAAAUAAACUUUUUUUGAUCCA